GUAUGGCAGUAUUACUCCAUCAGUAUUCCCCCUCAUCUUUUUAGCUACUGUUCAGUUCGAUACAAGCAUAAAAUUGAGUAUUUCCAUAAUGGCAACCUCUAGUCUGGUGGAAUUUUCAGAUCUGAUCAGUGUCAAGAACAGAACCGAAUCCCUGGCCCUCCCCAAUGUGAAGCGCAUCAACAAUAUCGCAGACUACAUGGCCGAUCCCUUGAAUUUCGAUGGCGACAUCGAAAAGCUGGCUGGUCGCCUUAAGAACGAGGCUAAGCGGUGCCAGGAUGUCAUCAGUCUCUUGAGAGACCAGCUGAAGGUGAAGACUACAGCUCUGGCUCAGGUCAAGGAGGAUAUGCUGGAGCUGCAGAGCCAGCUCAAGCAGCCAGAUGCCACUUUCGUCUACGUGACCAUGAAGAAGCAGGUCCUGGUUAAGUUCUUCGACGAGACCGAGGUGAACGAGUACGAUGUGCCGACGGCACUGAUGCGAUUCAAUCUUAAGAUGAGUCAUCUUUACGGGGAAAUCCUGGCGCUGGACAGCGACAUUGAUUACGUGACCUACUUAAAGGGCAUUGCUACAGUCAACAAUCAGUAUGUGAAGGAUUGGUACAAGCGCGAAAUGACCAAGAAGCUCCAGAUGGAGCUUGAGGAGAAGGAUCCUAAAGCGAAGGAGUCUCCGGAGUAUUUCGAACGUGAAGACGACUCUGAAGAGGACAUUUAUGAGGAGUUUGAGGAGUUUAUCGGACAUGAUCAGUCUGGAGUGAAGGCUGAAGAAAAGGAGCCUGAGGAAAAGGAGCCUGAUGAAAAUAAGUCUGAGGAAAAGGAGUCUGAGAUGAAGGAUCCUGAAGAUGAGACUGAAGAGGACACUGACUCGUGUUCCAAAGACCCUGAAGAGAUGGGGCCUGUGGAGGAGGAGCAUGUGAAUAAGUUCGAAAAUAAGGAUAACAACGCUAAGGGAAUGUUACCUGAGAAGAAAGUAUCUAAGGAGAAGGUCGCUGAAAAGAAGUUCCCUGAGGAGAAGGAGCCUGAAGAGAAACCUCCUGGACAGAAGGAUCCAAAGAAGAUGGCUACUGGGGACAAGGACGCUAAGUUACCUGAGAAGAAAGUCACGGGGAAAAAUGCCUCUAAGGAGGUGCUCCCUAAGAAGUUUCCUGGGAAGAAAGUCUCUAAGGAGAAGGUCAUUCAAAAGGAUGUCUCUCCGAAAAAAGUCCAAAAGGUGGCUCCGAGACGAUUGUCCAAUGAAGAAUGAUUCCUCAUUCCCCAUUCCCCAUUAAAUUGUUAUCAAAGUUAUAUUUUACAAACUAAACACAAUUGUUACAUGGCACCAGAGAAUAAACGCAGUUGCAAGCACCACUUUGAUGUAUCUUCGUUAAGCUUCAAUUCUUAUGUCUUCUGAGAUAACAGAUAGGAAUGAAAUGAAAUACUUAAGAUUUACAAAGCUGAGUAAGUUUAUUAGCCAUUCAAUCAAGAGACUUUGGCUCGAACUAAAAUUUGCGUAAUAUAAAGUCGAGAAUUUGCUUCACCGUCUCCCUGUUCCAAUCUGCUAUCUACUAGCUGCUUUGCUUUGGUUUCCGGUUCGUCUCAUGCCUUUCCUGUCACUGGCAGCCCGUUUGCCGCUUCAUCUUCAUUCUCCAGCCAUGAAUAAACCGUGCGACACUUGCGUUUAAUGGCUUUGCAUAGUAAGGAUCUGUGUUCGGAGUGCUGGGCCAGGUCCAGGUUCUAGCACUCAGCCGGGGUCCUAGGAGAACAACAACAGAUUGCGGGCUAGUUUGCCAGUGCAGUUUUUUAUUGCGAAAUGUCGGCGCUGAUAGCGAGUGUAAUUAUUAUGCUGGACUGGCGCACAGACUGGCGGAGUAGAGUUCCCUCAGAUCUGACAGAGUAAAAAUAUAUCCAAAUAAAAAGAGAAUUCAAUGAUUUCAAUGGUUGGAAUCAAAUUAAGUCAACUGAAUAAAUUGGAGAGGAAAAUCCCAAAAAUAAAGUGAGCAAAUCAGAUGAAAGUGAAUCGUUGCAAGCAGCCAAUAAAGCCACUAAAAUGUUGCAAAUGCAAGGGGGUAAACAUUAAUUCAAAUUCAUUUGGCUAGAGCGAAGUGAACGGGCGAAGAUGAGAGUGAACGUCUCGGAUCUUAGACAGGAAAUACGUAGAAUAAAUUAUUGCCGUAGAGGAAGGACUAUCGGCGAGGAGUGGAGGCAGUUGAAAAAGUGACGUUUUCUGAUCGAACAAAUUUCCAUUGAUUGGGAAGUUUUCCCCCUCAGAACAAAGCACUCACUGAGAUCAGAGUAUGGCAGUAUUACUCCAUCAGUAUUCCCCCACAUCUGUUUAGCUACUGUUCAGUUCGAUACAAGCAUAAAAUUGAGUAUUUCCAUA